UCUUUCUUUCUUUCUUUCUUUCUUUUCUUUUUUUUUUGAGGUUUGGGGUAUUUGCCAAAACCUAUUUCAUGCAUGUCCACUGGGGGCAGGUUCAACUUUGAUGAUGGGGGGUCAUACUGUGGUGGCUGGGAAGAGGGCAAGGCCCACGGACAUGGCAUCUGCACGGGCCCUAAGGGCCAGGGGGAGUACUGCGGCUCGUGGAGCCACGGCUUCGAGGUGCUGGGCAUGUACACCUGGCCCAGCGGGAACACCUUCCAGGGGACAUGGGCCCAGGGCAAGAGGCACGGCCUGGGCGUGGAGAACAAGGGCAAGUGGGUUUACAAGGGCGAGUGGACCCACGGCUUCAAGGGCCGCUACGGCCUGCGGGAGAGUACCGGGACCAGUGGCAAGUACGAGGGCACGUGGAACAACGGCCUGCAGGACGGCUACGGAACGGAAACGUACUCGGACGGAGGUACGUACCAGGGCCAAUGGGUGGGCGGCAUGCGGCACGGUUACGGGCAGCGUCAGAGCGUCCCGUACGGGAUGGCGGCCGUCAUCCGCUCCCCGCUACGCACCUCUAUAAACUCCCUCCGCUCCGAGCACAGCAACGGCUCCGCGCUGCUGCCCGACAGGAUGGGGGGAGCGCCGGGGCCAGCAGGGGGCGCUCCAGGCGGCAGCAUGGCCACGAGCCCGUCGGUGUCGCGCGGCGGCUUCGUCCUGACGGCCCAGAGCAGCGAGACGGAGCUCCUGGGGGCGGCCAAGAGGCGCGGGCUGUUCCGGCGCUCGCUGCUGUCGGGCCUGAAGCUGCGCAAGUCCGAGUCGCGCAGCUCGCUGAGCAGCCAGAGGAGCAAGCAGAGCUCGUUCCGCAGCGAGGCCGGCAUGAGCACGGUCAGCUCCGCGUCCAACGCCUCCGACGUCAACUCCACCAUCAGCCUGGGAGACGGCGAAUCGGAGCUGGCCGCCGCCGAGGUCGUCCCCGACGACGUGGAUGCCACGGCGACCGAGACGUACGCGGGCGAGUGGAAGAACGACAAGCGCACGGGCUGCGGAGUUAGCCGGCGCUCUGACGGACUGUGUUACCAGGGCGAGUGGCUUAGCAACAAGCGCCACGGAUACGGAUGCACCACAUUCCCCGACGGAACCAAAGAGGAGGGCAAGUACAAACAGAACAUUCUGGUGAGCGGCAAAAGGAAGAACCUCAUCCCGCUCCGUGCCAGUAAGAUCCGAGAAAAGGUGGACCGAGCAGUGGAGGCCGCGGAGAAGUCAGCGGACGUCGCCAAGCAGAAGGCCGAGAUCGCACAGUCCAGGACGUCCCAUGCGCGGGGGAAGGCGGAAGCUGCCGUGGGUGCGUCGCUGAAGGCCCAGGAUGAGUGUCGUCUGGCCCGGCUCACCGCAAAAGAGUUCAGCCCCUCCUUCCAGCAGCGCAGAAAUGGUGUGGAGUGCCAACGUCCGAAGCAGCAGAUGUCCAGCGAGAACGAGCUGGAGGCUCUGUCCAGCGGCACGGCGGACAGCCCCGACCUCUACUCCAAGACCACGCCUCCCACCUCCAGUCCUCCCACCAGUCGUCCGUCCUCCCCCAAGAGCCGGCGCAAGAGCGCUCGCUUCCUGCGGCAGACCGCGGUGGACGACGAACAGGCCGGCGGAGGAGGAGGAGGAGGAGGAGGAGGAGGAGGAGGAGGCACGGAGAUCCAGGUCCUGAUGGAGGGGUCGCGCGGCGGGGCCCGAGGCUCCGCAGCGCAGGACGCGCACAGCAACGGACACAGCAAGCACCCGGCCAAUCACAGGCCCCGAGAGCACGGCUGCUCCUCCUCCUCCUCCUCCUCGUCCAAUCACAGGGCGGGGGGGGUGCGGGGCUCGCGGAGCGGCCACCGGCUCCUGCACCAGAGCGGCGUGAGCGGCGAGGGCCUCGGCCAGCUGGACGAGGAGAAGCUGAGCAACUACGAGAUCGAGAUGCGGCCGCUGCAGCCGCGCGACGCCGCCCAGAAGCACCACGCGCACGCGCACGGGCACGAGGAGCGCCACCACGCCGACGGGCACUCCGGGCACUCCUCGCACGCCCAGCAGAGACAGCGGGCCAAGCUGCGGGAGCGCGAGCGGGCGCGCGAGGGCAGCAAGGACCGAGGGGGGGCCGGGGGCGACGCGGAGGCGAAGCAGGACGUCCGGGGGGGAGGAGAGAAGCCGGACGGGCGGCCGCUGCGCAGGGAUCUGACCCUCUCCCCCCCGCAGAAGUCCAGCCCCAUUGCACUAGAACAAGAUGACUUCAAGACCACCCAGCUCAAAACGAAUGGGGGUUCCAGCUCUAUCCUGGUUGUCAUGGUGAUUUUGCUCAAUAUAGGAGUGGCCAUCUUGUUUAUUCAUUUUUUUAUUUGAACUCUUUGGUCCGGAAUGGGAUGGGAUGGCCUGGCCCACCCUCCUCAUGUGUCUCACUGCGCGGAUAGACAUACAGAGAGACGGACAGACCUACGGACGGAUGGACGAAUAAACCGGCA